GAAUGCCUCGCGCUAUCUAUUGUGAUCAAUCUUGAUUGACAGCUUGAUUGAUGGGCUAUUUGGUCACGAGCACCGAUCGUAAUCAAGAUUUUGUGCGCAUGAUCAGAUCGCGGCGGCGUCAGUCGAGAGUCGGCCGCCAAUGGAGACGGACGUGCUUGUAACGCCGCCCGUGGCUGAGACCGAAAAACGUACAUUUGACGAACAGUUCAUAACCGAAUUCGAGACUCUCUCAGAACUAUGGAACUCCCACCAUCAGGAUUACACUAAUAAACUAAAAAGGCAGAAAGGAUACAACAAGUUGUUGACUGUUUUUAAACGAUACAAGCCGAAUGCCACGGUGGACGAUGUGCGUAAGAAAAUAAACAGUUUGAGGUCGAAUUAUAGACGGGAGUUGAGGAGGAUAGCGGAGACGCACAGAAACGGGGAUGUUUACACGCCAAGGUCCAAGUCGUUUAAGCUGCUUAGUUUUUUGUAUGACACGGAGAUGCCUGAUUACACUGAACAGAACCCGCAGACAGUAGAUGUGUUUGUAAAAUGUGAAGAACCAGAAACAACGGAGUCACUGCAUCUUUCAAUGUCUCCCGUCCACGAAGCCUUUGAUUACGAUAGCAUAUCACCUACACAAACCAGUAAAAGCGAACAACCAGCCUCUCAACCAGUUCGAAGUCCAAUCUAUCAACAAGUCGUACAUCCAUUACUGCAAACCGCAAAGGAAACGUUUCACGACUACAAUAGCAUAUCAGCAUCACCAACAAUACAAGACAGUAAAAGCAAUGUAUGUGAACCAGCCUUUCUGUCAUCGGCUCGAAAUCCGUAUCAACAAGUUCAACCUUUGCAAGACACUACAGCUUGGUCACUAGCGCACAUUUGGUCUCAAAAGCUGGAGAAAAUGGAGCCGAUGCAAAGAUUAUUAGCAGAGAAAGCUAUCAAUGAUGUGUUGUUUGAGGCGGAAUUGGGGAAUCUGAAUAGGAAUUCUGUUAAGAUUAAUGAAUGUACCGAUGGAGACAAAUAG